AUGAGUCUUGCACUUGCUCUUCUGUGUCUGCCUUGUGCACUCUUUCCAACAAUUCUGUUCAUUGUAAACCUCGGUUACUACGACAAACCUGGCAGGAGAAAAGGAGCUCAAUCUCAAGCCGUCUCCGUGCUCAUACCCGCAAGAAACGAAGCUGAUGGAAUUGCCGCUGCACUUCAAGCAGUUGUCACGACACGUGACGUCGAAUUUGAAGUAGUUGUGAUGGAUGAUGGUUCUACAGACGGCACCGACGCCAUUGUUCUCGCUCUGGCUGAAACAGACAAACGUAUUCGACUUGAACGUGCUCCACCACUUCCUCUAGGCUGGAAUGGAAAACAACACGCAUGUUGGUGUCUCGCUCGUGUCGCUCGUAAUCCCAUUCUUUGCUUCGUCGAUGCAGAUGUUCGCUUACAACCCGAUUGUGUCGUCCGCAUGGUCAACUUCCUCGACGAUAAUUCGCUAGUCAGUGGCUUUCCACAACAAAUUACAGAAACAUCGCUCGAAUGGAUGCUCCUCCCCUUGAUACACUUUGUUCUUCUCGGUUUUCUUCCGAUCUCACGCAUGAGAACAACUACAGAACCUGGAUUGGGUGCCGCAUGUGGUCAAUUCAUUAUGACUCGCGCAGAUCACUACUUUGCUUGUGGUGGACACAGCGGCAUCAAGCUCACUAUGCACGAUGGUCUUCGCUUGCCUCGUCUCUUUCGCGAAGCUGGUUUCAAAACCGAUAUCGCCGACAUUACGGAUCUAGCUAGUUGUCGAAUGUACACUUGCGCCAGCGAGGUUUGGAAUGGUCUAGCAAAGAAUGCUGUUGAAGGUCUUGGUGCUCCUGCUCUCAUCGUUCCCGUCUCGGCACUACUCUUUCUAGGACAAAUUCAGCCAUUUCUGAAUUUUGGCUAUCUGAUCUAUCAACAGAUGAAUGGUUAUUCGACUUCCAACGGGCUUUAUCUGUUCACGCUCUUUACUGUCACUACCACAAACAUUCUUGUUGCCUAUGUACCUCGUAUUCUUGGAGUCAUUCGCUUUCGUCAGGACUGGCGUGGAGCUGUUCUGCAUCCGUUUAGCAUCGGUUUACUUCUGGCAGUACAAUGGUACGCCUUGUUUCGAAAGAUUUUGGGCUGCAAAACAAGCUGGCGUCAUCGAGCCUAUGAAUAA